AUGGAUAACAGCACUCUCCCUUUUUAUUUUAAAUUUACCAUGUUUGUGAAUAUGGGACACUACUGCUUUAUAGCCUUUACUUUUUGCAUACUGCUCUACAGCUUUAUUGUUUCUGCUAAUCUCCUCAUGAUACUAGUUAUAUUACAAUAUAGAGUACUACACAAACCUAUGUAUAUCUUAAUUGCUUUAUUAUCCCUCAACUCUCUGUAUGGCUCUGCUGGUUUCUUCCCCAGAUUUUUAAUGGAUCUUCUGUCUGAGGCUCAUUUGAUUUCACGUCCUGCAUGCUUCUUCCAGAUUUAUGUCAUUUACACAUAUGCAUGUAAUGAAUUGACCAUUCUCAGCAUUAUGGCUUAUGACAGGUAUAUUGCUGUUUGUCAUCCUUUACACUAUAACAGAAAGAUGACUUUUAAAACUGUGGCUUUGCUGUCAGCCCUGGCUUGGAUGUUUCCAGCAUUGUUCCUCACAUCAUUAAUUUCCCUGUCUGCCAGGCUCCCUUUAUGUGGUAAUGAGAUACAAAAAGUCUUCUGUGCCAACUGGGAUUUGAAUAAAUUAUCAUGUGUCAAUACUGUGGUUAAUAAUGCUUUAGGCUUUCUUGUGACCAUAGUUAUAGUUUUUCUUCCCUUUAGUUAUGUCCUUUACACCUAUUUACGAAUUGUACUUGUUUGUUGGAAAAGAUCAACAGAGUUCAAGAGUAAGGUGUUACAGAGCUGUCUGCCCCACAUGGUUUCAUUUGUAAUUUAUUCCAUCACAGGGUUUUGUGACAUUGUCUUGAGCCGUUAUAACCCAGAGGAGAUGAACCCAUUUGUGACUGUUAUUUUAUCACUGGAGUUUGUUGUCAUUCCUCCAGUUCUGAAUCCACUUGUCUAUGGCCUUAAGUUACCAGAUAUAAGAAAACACAUUGUAAGGUUGUUAUUGUGGUAUAAGAGAUGA